AUGGGUCCACAUGAAGGCCGAGAAAUCAGGUUUGGUGUUGUAAUCGAAAGGUCCAAGAAUGGUUCGGAUAGAAGACAAGCAUUUGUAACAAUGAGAUGUGAAAGAAGUGGCACAUACCAACCACAGAUUAGGAAGUUGAAACGAGAUGACACUGGAUCGAGAAAAUAUGAGUGUCCGUUUAAAUUGUGUGGAUACCAUAUCGCAAAUGUCACAUGGAAAUUUAAUGUGAUUUCUAGUAUACAUAAUCAUGCUUUGACUGAAAAGCUAGUCGGCCAUCCCAUUGUAUGUCACCUUUUUUCGGAGGAGAAGGUACUUAUUUCGAAAAUUACAUUAUACAUGAUGGCACCGAAAAACAUAUUUGCAUCUUUGAAGCAGAAAAUACCUCUAAAUGUUUCAAAUAUCAAGCAAAUAUACAACGUGUGCAUGGUUUGUGAGGAUAAAGUCAUCGUUCAAGAUAUAUUUUGGAGUCAUCCUGAUUCCAUCAAGUUGUUCAACAUAUUUCCCAUUAUGCUCAUAAUUGAUUCAACAUAUGAAACAAACGAGUAUAGACUUCCAAUCCUGGAAAUUGUUGGUGUUACCUCUAUGGAGAUGCCUUUUUCAGUCGAUUUUGCAUUUUUGGAAUCUGAAAAAGAGGACAAUGUUACAUGGGCUUUGGAAAUGUGCAAGACUAUGUUGAAGGAUCAAGAAAAUUUGUCGCAAGUAAUAAUCACCGAUUGCGACACCACAUUGAUGAAUUUGGUUGCAACGGUAUUUCCUACAUUGUCUGCAUUACUUUGUAAAUAUCACAUAACCAAAAAUGUAAGAAGUCGAGUCAAACAUGUGGUUGCACCAAACAAGUCAAACAUGAAGAUGGGAAAAUGGUCAAACCUGAUGUGGUUGUGGAAAAUGUAA